CGUUGCCAAGUCCCUACCUCGAGAGGGAGGUCAGAUUCACUGCUGCCUCUCUCUAUCGCCUCCUCUCGGCUCGUCGCGUGACAAUUGCUGAUUCCUUGAACCACCCAUCUAACCUCGAUCACCGACCCUUCCGACCGACCUGUGCCUCUCCUCGCCGAUCUUCUACAGGGCAUGGACGUGUAUAUGUACCUCUCAUCUACGUAACCCAUCAUUGGUCUCGACACUCUUGCGCGACUCUAAUAUCGACCAUGGCUGGCAUAGAGCGCCUCGAAAUCCAUAGCAAGUCCUAUAUUGUGCGAUGGGUGAAGGUCGAAGAAGGUCAUACGCUGUCUUGGAGUAUCCAACCAGAUAGAAAGUCCAUUAACUUCGGUAUCGUUAGGCAUCCUGGCUCUGGUGCUACUAAAUUCCAUUCCGUGUCUGGCGACUUGGACAGCGCAGUCGAACAACUCGAUGGCGCCGAAGGGAGUGGUGGCAAGAACGGCCGCUCUUCCAAGAACGAUGCGAGCACGGCGCGUGGACAAUUGGCCAGCAAAGGCUUCAUACUAGUCAAAUGGCACGGCAAAUGUGAGGCUGACAAGGUCUCAAUGGGUACCCACGAUGUGACCGCCAACCAAGGUGGCAUGUUUGGCCUCAUAUUCGACAACACAUUCUCCAAGCAGACAUCCAAAACAGCGACAUUGGUUAUACUCUCAUACCCUACUGGUGCGCCACCUCAGGGCGCGAACUAUCUACCCAACAUGCAGGCCGUCCCAGCUGCGACUACAAGCAAGACGAGCUUAGGCAAACCCAGUCCUCAUCUCGGCGCUAUUGCGGCUGACUCUGCUGAGAGCCUCCAUAGUCACCCCUCUGGAGAUAUGGCAUCACCGGGUGCUAAACGAAGUGAUGCAUCGGGUUCAACGCCACCCUAUCAUACGGGCACCCUACAUAAGAGACGGAGGAAGAAGGGGCAAGGCUAUGCUCGGCGCUAUUUUUCAUUGGAUUUCUCGUCGUGUACACUUUCCUACUACCACAACCGGAACAGUUCGGCCCUCCGUGGUGCCAUUCCACUUAGUCUAGCGGCCAUUGCCGCUGACGAGCGAAGACGGGAGAUCACUAUCGAUUCAGGCGCCGAAGUUUGGCAUCUUCGCGCAGCUAAUGACAAGGAGUUCAAGGAAUGGGCCCAGGCGCUUGAGAGAUCCAGUAGAGUUGCGAGAGGAAUUGAGCCAGCACCAGAGCCCAGCCAAGUGCAGCGCGAAAGGUUAACUGUGCCAAAUGCCCAGCAUACAUCUGUCCCCAAUACUCAACAAGAAGAGGAUCGAGACUGGCAAAAAGUGGAAGCCCUCGUGAGUCGUAUAGUAGGGACGCGGGAUGCUCUUCGCCGUCUCGUUAAGGACAUGGCCGCGGAGAAGCAGCAACAGCGACCUGUGAGCUCUCAUCUCUCGCCUGGUAGUAUAGAUAUGUCUGAAGAAGGCGAUGGCUAUUUUCCUACAGCACAAUCGGAGAAGCGACCUUUCUGGAAGAGAAAAUCUAGUGCUUCGCUACGUACACCAGGUGUCCUAGCCCCAACAGUAUCAUCAUCUCUGGCCGUACCGGUGCCAAGCUCGGCCGCCUCUACGAGGCUAAACGGGGUAAAUUCUAAACGCUUGUCUAAGGGCGGUGGUCAAGCGGGAAGAAGCACAGAGGACCAUUGUGCUGCUCUUCUCAAUGAUUUGGAUUUAGUGGUAGUGGAUUUUACCAACCUUCUUUCCAACAGCAAACGGCGCCGAAUGCCAUUGUCAAGGACCCCCACAGCGAGAAAAAGCAUGGAAUCAACACUCUCUGCUGACGAAUUCUUUGACGCUGAAGCCGGUGAACCCAACAACAGUGGAAGUGUUCUGGUUAUUGAUCGUCAUGAGAGUGACGUCGAGUCUCCUGAGUCGGCGGCAGACGAGGCUUCUAUCGACGAUGUGUCGUCGAUCUCUUCUAUUGAGAGUGAUACGGAAAUAGGGGAUAAGAGCGGCGCGGCAGCUCUUUUCCCGCUGAGGCCAAAAACACUACAUCCUUUGCCUGUUGACAUAGCCGUUGAUCGCCGUAAAACUAUCCCUCCAGCUACUGUACUUCCACCGAGCCUUAUCGCAUUUGUACGCAAAAAUGUCGGCAAGGACCUGAGUACAAUCAGCAUGCCUGUUUCAGCAAACGAACCAACUUCAAUGUUGCAAAGAGUAGCAGAGCAGUUAGAGUACGCACAAUUACUUGACCAAGCAUCCCAGCAGAAGGUUCCGAGGGAUAGACUCCUUUUUGUCACCGCCUUCGCGAUCUCACAAUUCAGCAUCAAUCGUGUGAAAGAGCGAGCCAUGCGAAAACCAUUCAAUCCCCUCCUCGGCGAGACAUUUGAACUCCUUCGUACAGAGAGUGAAACGCCUGGUGGUUUCCGUUUGCUUGUGGAAAAAGUCACUCAUCGACCAGUGCGGUUGGCUAUGCAGGCUGAUGCAGAGAAUUGGUCUUUGACUCAAAGCCCCGCCCCAGGACAAAAGUUCUGGGGGAAAAGCGCCGAGAUCACCACUGAUGGACGUGUACGUGUAUCAUUGCGUCUGCCCGAUGGAAGUGAUGAGCUUUAUUCUUGGAACAUUGGCACCAUGUUUCUACGGAACGUGGUCAUGGGCGAGAAGUAUGUAGAACCAGUUGGCACUAUGACCGUAUCGAACGAGUCGACGGGAGCCAAAGCCAACAUUGAGUUCAAAACGAAAGGCAUGUUCGGUGGGCGCUGUGAAGACGUUCACGUCGAUACGUUUGGACCAGAUGGUGGAUCUACCGGUGUGAGCCUCACAGGAACUUGGACGAAGUCACUACAAGUGGUCGAAGGUGGCAAGAAUGCGGGCCAAGAAAUCUGGAAAGCCGGUCAACUAGUACCCAACCCAGCCAAUACUUACGGUAUGACGGCCUUCGCGGCGAGCUUAAACGAGAUCACGGAUAUCGAGAGGAAUCGGCUACCCCCUACAGAUACCCGACUUCGCCCCGAUCAGCAACUCGCCGAACAAGGGAGGCUGGACGAUGCAGAGUCAUGGAAGGUCAGACUUGAAGAGGCACAGCGCGCGAGGCGAAGAGAACUGGAAGACAGAGGAGAAGACCACAAGCCGAAAUGGUUCUACAAGGUCGCCGACACGCCAGAUGGUGAGGAGCUCUGGCGCUUCAGGGGCGGCAAAGACAGCUACUGGGAGGAAAGAAGCAAGGGCGAGUGGAAGGGCAUUGAAAAGAUCUUUGACGUGCCUGAGUAGAACACGAUGCUCUCUCUUUAGAGCCUACCUAGUAUAAAGCGUGUAGAACGUUUUUUAGUCAAGCGUAUGUGAAGACUAUACUAUCUUUUAGACAUUAUAGCAGCGGAGAUAGAUCUCCUCUAUGCAUGGAGUUGGCGUUAGAUGUGUAUUAUUUACUUAAAAGCGGAAUACCUUAUAGAGAGCUAUCAUGCGUGGAAUACAUGCCGAUAUAGAGGACUAUCUACUACUUAUGAUACUUACUCGCAUAUUUAGAGAAUUCAACACCUCACCUAUGACGUUUGUAGAAUAAGAGAUGAGAGUUAUUAGACAGGCGCUAGAGUGUAUCUACCGAGAUAGGAAGCG